ACAUACGUUUUCUUCUUCUCUUUCUCUUUGUUUGGUAUAUGAAACAAACAAACUGUAAUAGUUUUCCCAUUCAUGAUCCAAUCCUCAUCCUGUCUUGAAAAUUCUAUUUUUUUUUCUCUCUCUUCUUCUUUGGUUCCGUAUUUCCAAGAUUUAUCAAAAACACCCAAAAAUCUUUGAUUUGUUGGCUUUGGUGUUUGUUUUGUUGGAGAGAUCAGGGUUCUGAAUUCUGGUCCAUUUGGUGAUCUGGGUUUUGUUCAAUCUCAUAUUUUGUGUUUUUGCUUUUCUUUCUGGAUCCUGGGUUGCUUUGAAUUUUUUCUUUCCAGGUUUGUAUCACUCAGCGUGUGAAUUUUGUUGAACUAAUUGCUCCCAAGUUUGAAUCUUUGCUUCAACUUGAAAAGUGGGCGUGUUUUGUUUGGCAGAGUGGUUAAGCUGGUUUCAAACUUUUGAAUAAAAAAUAAAACUUGAAAGCUGAAAAUGACGAUCGUAAGUGUAGAACCUAAGGCAAAGAAGACAAAAUCAAGGAAGAGCAAGCCAGUUGCUGAUGAGAAGGCACCUUUGAUUCCCAAAACUCAUGAUGAUUCAGGGUUUGAUGAUUUCAAUGGUGCUUCAUUUUCUGGGGCAGUUUUCAACUUGUCCACCACAAUUAUUGGUGCAGGGAUCAUGGCCUUGCCUGCAACACUGAAAAAGUUGGGGUUGGUGCCUGGUCUUCUGGCUAUUAUCUUCACUGCUUUUUUGACAGAGAAGUCAAUUGGGUUCAUGCUUAGGAUUUCUAGAGCAGGGAAUAUUACUUCUUAUGGGAACCUCGUGGGGGAUUCCUUUGGAAAAUUUGGAAAAGCUCUGGUGCAGAUAUGUGUUGUAGUCAACAACAUUGGCAUGCUGAUUAUUUACACUAUUAUUAUUGGCGAUGUGAUUUCGGGAACAGCUUCUUCUAGUGGAUCUCAUCAUUCUGGUGUACUUGAAGGGUGGUUUGGAGUUCAUUGGUGGACAGGACGUACAUUUAUUCUUCUUUUCACAACAGUUGCUGUGUUUGCACCUUUAUCCUGCUUCAAGCGAAUUGAUUCGUUAAGAUACACUUCUGCAUUGUCAUUUGCCUUAGCAGUGGUGUUUCUUGUUAUUGCUGUGGGAAUCUCAAUUUUCAAGAUUGCAAUUGGAGGCAUUGGGAUGCCUAGACUCUUCCCAGUAAUUACUGAUGUAGCCUCAGUUUUUGAACUGUUCACUGUAACUCCUGUGGUUGUGACAGCCUAUCUAUGCCACUUCAAUGUAAACCCUAUAGAUAACGAACUUGAGGACUCCUCACAAAUACAUGGGAUUGUGCGUACUUCCCUUGGUCUAUGUGCUUCAGUGUACAUGCUGAUAAGCUUCUUUGGGUUCCUCCUAUUUGGUGAAGGAACUCUUGAUGAUGUGCUUGCCAAUUUUGACACUGAUCUCGGAAUUCCUUUUAGUGCUGUGCUUAAUGAUGCUGUUCGUUUUAGCUAUGCUGCACAUCUUGUUCUUGUAUUUCCAGUUGUUUUCUUCUCUGUGAGGAUCAACCUAGAUGGUCUCCUGUUUCCAUCAGCUAGGCCUUUGGUUCUGGAUAACUUCAGAUUUGUAUCAAUUACCAUUGGCCUUAUUGUUGCUGUCUUCUUGGGAGCCAAUUUCAUACCAAGCAUUUGGGAUAUUUUCCAGUUCACUGGAGCAACAGCUGCUGCAUGUUUAGCAUUCAUAUUUCCAGCCUCCAUCACCCUUAGGGAUCGGUACCAUAUUGCAACUAGAAAAGACAAGAUUCUAUCUAUCUUUAUGAUAGCCCUCGCACUCUUGGCGAAUGUUGUGGCUAUAUACAGUGAUGCCUUUUCCUUGAUCAAGAACAGUAUAACUAAACGUGAUUGAUUUCUUGAAACUUUCUCUAGAAGUCCACAGUUUCAGAUAUGUUCAUGGUUUCACAUGAAGGAGUGGCAGGGCUUUUGAGAGUGUCUGAUUGAUGGGUUGAUUGUGAAAUAAAUAAAGAAGCUACCCUGUGUACAGUUGUUCUUCAAAAUUGUGUGAAGGCCUUCAACAUGUUCAGACUCUUCAGAGCCUCCUUUGUGAUGUUGUGCACUUUGCUUUUAUAGUUCUAGAGGUUCUGUUUUGUUUUUUUGUUUUUUGUAUUUUUUUUUAUAUUUAAAAAAAAAAACUGAAUGAUGCUUUUGAAAAUGUUUGUUAAUAGUUUGUAAUUGUAUUGUACAUUUGCUUGCCUAGAAAUACAACAUUUUGGGCUCUUCAUGGUAUCGCCCUAGUCCGAUUAAA